AUGCAAAACAGCCAGCUAGUAUUUUACUACCCCGUUAGUUUCUCACCGCGCCACCGUUCGAACUGCUGUUUUUCCAUCACGCUAAAGAGUUUCCGACGAGAUGUUUAGCGUCCCAUCACCGGAAAAGAACGACUCUUCGGACAGACACAACUUGAUCCUCAGUUCGAAAUCCCUUCAAAACUUCUAGCAUUCGGCUCCGUGGACUGCCUACAACACGUGUCUCUUGUUUUGAAACACGUUGAGUCGAGGGUUCUUGAAACUAUGGUUUUCUACGCCAUUCAGCUCUUCGGAGAAAGCCAAGGAAGAACAUUCGAGCUCAAAGCUAAUGCGGAAGAUGUCGAGUUGCACUUGAUGGAAGAAAGUAAAGGCUGGAGAACUUGUAUCCCUAAGUCGAUUAAUGAACCGGUCGAUGAAUGUAGUAUCUGCUUUGAGGAUCUAUCCGACGUGGACGAGGAAUCUAUAGAGUUACAUGAUUGUUCUCAUGUGUUUCAUAAAGUUUGUCUUUUCCAGUGGAUUUGGAGCAAAAGCUCUUGUCCUUUAUGUCGUCAUCCUAUUUAUUGUGGAAAACCAAAAUCUUAGGGUUUUUCCUUCUUUUUUUUUUGGAAGUGUCUAUUUACUUAAAUAUGUGAUUAUUGUUUAUUAAUUUGUAUUUUAUCUCAUUGGUUGAGUCUCUGGUAUAAAUACUCGACGAAUUCGCACUUUACGUUUUGUUUCAUUAUCUGAUGAUAAUCUGACCAUGCAUGAGAUUAUCUAUACUAUAAGAGAAAACAGAGAAACUAUGUGAACCGAAUUGUUUUAAGAACUUCAAUCAGAAAACUCAUAGUAGUUUAAGUUACCAAAAUACAAAAAGCAAUCUGGAAGAUGAAUCAUGCAAAGAGUAGAUAGAUAUUUUUUUUGGGUAAACAAAAAGUUGUUUUCACCCUCUUUAUCAGAAACCGAAGCAUUGUAAAUAGUAUUUCUAAGGUUUAUCAAGAGCUGUCUAGUUCCGGUGAGUAAAUAGAUAUUUC